GCUCCCUGUGGACGCGUCCGCGCACCACGUGACGUGCUGUGUUUACAUCCUCUCUUCUCAGCUGUUCCUUCCACCACCCCGACAAAAGCAGUCGCUCCUUUCCACUUUCCCCGCCUGCUUUCAUCACAGACAAAAUAACAACUCUAAAGCCGAGCUGUAAAUGUUUCCUGGAGUCUCCAUGAACCGCCGCAUUGCACCCAUUAGACGGCAGUGACUAAAUGCGACACGGCAUUGUUGUCACUGGCCGCCCGGAGAUGACUAUUGCGUGAGGAGCGACAUCAGCGGGAUCUUUUCGGGCCCAUAACAGUUUUUGUCGGCAUGGGGGGAGCCGUGAGUGCCGGCGAGGACAAUGACGACCUCAUCGACAACCUGAAGGAGGCGCAGUACAUCCGCACGGAGAGAGUGGAGGAAGCUUUCCGCGCCAUCGACCGCGGCGACUACUACCUGGACGGCUACCGGGAUAGCGCCUACAAAGACUUGGCGUGGAAACACGGCAACAUCCACCUGUCGGCGCCGUGCAUUUACUCUGAGGUGAUGGAGGCGCUCAAGCUGCAGCCGGGACUUUCCUUCCUCAACCUGGGCAGCGGGACAGGCUACCUGAGCACCAUGGUGGGCCUCAUCAUCGGUAAGCUUGGAACAAAAUCAGCAACAAAUGACGAUAAACAUUCAAAUUAUCGUGGCAAUUUUUUUUCCCCUGCAGGUCCAUUUGGUGUGAAUCACGGUGUGGAGAUCCACAAGGACGUGGUCGAAUACGCCAGGGACAAACUGGACAGUUUCAUAAAGACCAGCGACAGCUUCGAUAAGUUUGAGUUCUGCGAGCCUGUGUUUGUGGUAGGAGAUUGCCUGGAAAUCUCCACAGAGAGCCACCAGUAUGAUCGCAUUUACUGCGGGGCCGGCGUGGAGAAGAUUUACGAAUAUUACAUGAAAGUCCUGCUCAAAGUCGGCGGCAUCCUGGUGCUGCCUAUCGAGGAUCAGCUGACCCAGAUCACCAGGACGGGCCAGUGCACGUGGGACAGCAAAAACAUCUUGGCUGUGUCUUUCGCGCCGCUGGUCCAGCAGAGCAGAGCUGACGGCGACAAACCGGAAAGUGUCCAGUUGCCCCCCGUGGCGGUGCGCAGCCUCCAGGACCUGUGCCGCAUCUACAUCCGCCGCACCCUCCGCGAGCUGGCGAGCGUCGGCGAUGAGGACGGCCAGGCCCGGCGCGCCGGGGCUCAGCGGGUUCCCCAGAAGCGCAAGCGGCGGCACUGCCGGCGGCGCCGCAUCAACACGUACGUCUUUGUGGGCAACCAGCUCAUUCCGCAGAUGGUGGAGAGCGAGGAGGAGCACGGCGACGACGAGCACAAGGAUGAGGAGGCCAACGUCCAGGAGGAGGAGGAGGACAAGGAGGAGAGGGACCUGGGCGAGGUGGAGAUCCUCAAGCAGACCAACGUCUUUAGAGACCACAUCUUGGCUCUCCCCUUGCCCGAGUCCCUCAAGGAAUAUUUGCUCUACUACAGGAAGAAGUGACGGUGGCAAGCAAAGGUGCGCACGUCGCAUUAUUCCCACGGUUUCUUGAAGGCGAAAGUCCACGCCACACUGGAUGAUUACGUUGACGUUCUCGUUUGUAUAUGUUGAUUUUCCUUUUGACUUGUUUUGUAUAUAAAACGCGCAUACUAUGAAAAUGAAUUCAGAUGAGGUCAAUUCAGUGGAACCUCCAAAGUGGAGCACAAUGCCCUUUGAGAGUCAGGCAUAUAGUUUAUUCAUCUCUUCCCAGGUCGUGAAAAUCUGUAACUUUACACCGUAACGUUGAAAAGUGAAAACAUCAUCUGACUUCCUCCCACAUUCCAAAAUCAGACUGAAAAUUAGCUUACCUGGAAGCAUUCCGGAUUUCAGAGGGUUGGAGAUCAUGGUUGCAAUCGUUUUCCGUGUCGCAUGACAACGACAAAAAAGCCAAAGAAAACGCAUCCUACAAUUUUUUUUUCCAACUUUAAAUUGUACCGCUUUGGAGGUUCUAGUGUGUGUGAAUGAUUGCUAGAAGUAAAGCAUUUUUUUUUUUAAUUUCUCAAUCAAAGAAGACUGAUGGGUUUUUCUACCUAAGAAGUGUCAUAACCGAUUUGUUUUUUUUCUACGGGGGACACAUUUUAACGCAACCUUUUCUAAAACAGGGCCGCCGACUUGACGUGAGGCGGUUCGGGUCGCAGCGGGCGGAGCGAGAGCCUUCCGUGAAGUGUUAUUAAUGCAUGAACACACUUUUACACGAGGAUCGAUUCAUUCACGCCAAUCAAUUGCGACGAAUCUGAAGUGAUUUUAGCUUUUCUAUUGAAAGCGAUACAAAUUUCAAAGCCUUUUUGUAUGUAUAACAAAGCACCUUAUUGUGGUUUGGGCUGGGAUGUGUGUGUGUGAGUGUGUGUGUCGGGGGGUGGGGGUGAUUUUUACAGCAGACUUCUAAAAUAUGAAAUGUACUGAUAAAAUGAUGAUUCGUCUGCACGACUUGUAUAGCGAUGGCGUUUUUUUUUAAGUGCCAACGUUACAUUUAGGAAACAACAUUCCACGUUUUUUUUUUUCAGUCACACGUAAUCUGACUUUUAUUUUUCUUUUACUUUGUGACAUUUAGUGUAUAAAAAUGCUGAAAUGAAAACUAUACAACUGUACAUAUAUGGAUAGUCUCUACAGUCUCUUUUUGAGUUUGUCGUAGCACCUUCUUGCUGUACUGUAUUGACACUGGCAACUCUGUACCACCAAAACGUCACUGCUGUCUGUUCAAAUAGAUGAAUAUAUACAAUAGCCUUCAUUGAUGACAAAUAUUCUUAGAGAGGUGAGAAAAAAUGCUGAUUAUUAUUAUUCGUUUUUCUGUGUUACGAUAAGUUGACUCCCCCCACACCCCCUUCCUUUGUUUUACUUUCAUUGGAAAGUUUUUAAAGUGAGCAAUAAAUUGUUCAUGCCACCUUUGAUUUGCAUUGCGGCCAUUAAAACUCUCAUGAAAGGAUUUAGGACGACACCGGAACACAAUCCAUAUUGUGAUGCUGGUUGACUUCAAACACUGUAUGAGAAAACUAGAAUAACAUACAGGUUAGGAGAUUUUGCAUCUUUGACUUGAAGGUUCCACUGAAACGAAGCAAUCGAGCCAAUUUUGGGAUUUGGACGCAGAGCCAAACAGGCUGCAUGAAUUUCUUGGAGCGUGGAUGCGUGUGCAGUUCAUUUCUAAAAUGUGUUGUUUCUCUGUGGAUGUUUGGCACCAGAAUAAAAGUCACAACCACAAA